AUGGGAAAUAGUCAGCCUGCUUCUGUAGGACUGUCUAAUGAUGGUGCUGUGAAUCAAAUACAGGAUAUUAUUUCAGAUAACUGUGUGGUGAUCUUCUCUAAAACAACAUGCCCCUACUGCAAAAGGGCAAAAGAACUUUUUGAGAAUAUGAACAUAAAUUAUACAGCUGUAGAACUGGACAUGAUUACGAAUGGAAGUCAGUUCCAAGAUGUUCUUGAACAGAUGACCGGUGCCAGAACAGUCCCAAGAGUGUUUGUCAAUGGGACUUUUGUAGGAGGUGCUACAGAUACUCUGAGGCUUCAUGAGGAAGGCAGACUGAUUCCAUUAAUACAUCAAUGUCAAGUGAAAAGAAAUCCUCAACAGCCAUCUAGCUUAGCUUAA